GUAAUAUUAAAAAUGAGGAAGAUUUUAGAAUAAAAUUUUAUAAAAUUACCAGUCAAAAUGUUUCGCAGUCGUAGUUGGUUUGGAGGUGGGCUGUGGAAGCCAAAAAAUCCUCACUCUUUAGAACAUCUCAAGUAUUUAUAUAAUGUUUUAUCGAAAAAUCAAACAGUAUCUGAAAACAACAAAGGACUACUGGUUGAGACUUUAAGAUCUAUUGCUGAAAUAUUAAUUUGGGGUGAUCAAAAUGAUAGUGGUGUUUUUGACUUUUUUUUAGAAAAGAAUAUGCUAUCAUUCUUUCUCCGGAUUAUGAAACAGAAAUGUGGGAGUUAUGUAUGUGUUCAAUUAUUACAAACUUUAAACAUUUUAUUUGAAAAUAUUCGUAAUGAGACUUCUUUAUAUUAUUUGUUAAGUAACAAUCAUGUGAACAGUAUAAUCGUACACAAAUUUGACUUUAGUGAUGAAGAAGUGAUGGCUUAUUAUAUAAGUUUUCUGAAAACAUUGAGUUUAAAAUUGAAUGCUCACACAAUUCAUUUUUUUUAUAAUGAGGUAAACCAGCAUACAAAUGAUUUUCCCUUGUAUACUGAAGCUAUUAAAUUCUUCAACCAUUCAGAAGGUAUGGUACGCAUUGCUGUAAGAACACUCACAUUAAACGUCUAUAGAGUGGAAGAUGCAUCAAUGCUCAGAUUUAUUAGAGACAGGACUGCUGCACCUUAUUUUAGUAAUCUAGUUUGGUUCAUUGGAAAUCACAUAAUUGAACUAGACACUUGUGUUAGAAAUGAUGCAGAUCAUCAGAGUCAAAAUAGAUUAGCAGAUUUGGUAGCAGAGCACUUGGAUCAUUUACAUUAUUUAAAUGAUAUACUCUGCCUUAAUAUUGAUGAUUUGAAUAAGGUGUUGUCUGAACAUUUGUUGCAUAAAUUGCUAGUUCCUCUUUAUGUAUAUUCUCUGACAAGACGAAAAAACGUAUUGUGCCAAAGCCAAGAAGAAAGAAAAUAUGUGAGUACAGUAGUAGCACUUUUUUUACUGUCUCAAGUAUUUUUAAUUAUUUCGCAUGGACCAUUAGUGAGAACUCUUGCAACUGUGAUUCUUAAGUCAAAUUUAGACAUUAUCAAAAAUGGUGCUAGUAAAAUUUUAGAGGAAUAUGAAAAUAUGAUAGUUAGUGAAACGAUCGCUUUUUUGCCACCACAAGAGACUCUUGAAAAAUCAUUAGAAAAUUUAAAUGAUACACAAAGUGAUUCAUCAAAAUUGGAAAAUGUCGAAGAGUUGAAUGAAGAUGAAGAAAUGGAAGAAAAUAAAAAAUCAGAAUCAGAUAAUCAAUUUGUAGAUCAGAAAAUUUCAGAGAAACAAAAAGAAAAUAGUCAAGAACAAAUGAAAUUACAGGAAGCGAGUACCUCUCAGGAAGCUGAAACUAUUUCUAUAAUAAGUGAACGCGAUAAAUCAGAAGUCAAUAAUGAAAAUAUAGAAGAUAUCAAGUAUUUGAGUGUAACAGAUGAGGAAAAAGAGCAAAGAUUGGCACUUGAAAGUCCAUUAAAUUCAGAAUCAAUAGAAAUGGCAACUGACCAAGAUUUUUUAUCAAAUAAACCCUUUCUUGAAACAAUAUUGAGUUCUUUGUAUUGUACAGAGAAUGAUUACGCUGCUCUGUUUGCAUUAUGUCUUCUUUAUGCUCUCAUCAAUAACACAGGAGUGCAUCCAGAAACAAUAGGCCUGUUAUUAGCGCCUUUAAAAACAAGUUUCCGCAACCGAUAUCACGAAAUUUUUAUUGCCAGAAUUGUCCAUAUUAUAACCCUUAGUUGCCAAACCAAUGCCAAAGUGAGGCUUGUGACUUUGGAAUUAGCAACUAAAUUAUUAAUACAGUUAGUAAUGAAUGAAAGUGAACAUUUAUUACAAGAUUGCCACUAUGCAGCUAUUGAAUCAGCAAAAGAACAAAGUACUGCACUUCUUCGAAAUUUUUAUAAGAGUGAGGAUAUUUUUCUAGAUAUGUUUGAAGACGAGUAUAGCGAAAUUCAGAAGAAACCAUUAAAAGUUGAGUGGCUGAUGAUGGAUAGCAAUAUUUUGUUACCACCUACUGGGACCCCGAUGACCGGCAUAGAGUUCAGUAAAAGAUUGCCUUGUGGAGAAGUCGAGCGGGCUCGCCGAGCGAUCAGAGUAUUCUUUAUAAUCCGAGAACUAUCGUUAACACUGAAUAACGAAGUUGAAACGCACUUGCCCCUGACGAAUCCUGGCAGCUGUGUUCAAGUUAAUAACGUUCUUGACUUGAAUAACAGCGAUCUCAUUGCAUGUACAGUUGUCUAUAAAGAUGGCCAAAAAAUACGCAGAUUUCUUGUAAUUGAUUCGAUACAAUUGAUUCUCGUCGAGCCAGAUACGCGAAAACUUGGCUGGGGAGUCGCCAAAUUUGUAGGUUUUCUUCAAGAUAUCGAGGUAACCGGUGAUAAAGACGAUUCUCGCUGUCUACACAUUACAGUUCACAAACCUCUAAAUAGUAGUGCAAGCAAUCGCGUACCACUACUCUCAGCAAAAUUCAUAUUUGAUGAUCAUAUCCGUUGCAUGGCUGCAAAACAGAGGUUGACUAAAGGAAGAAUCAAAGCACGACAAAAAAAGAUGAAUCAAAUAGCAAGGCUUCUUGACAUUCCUACUAUUGCUGCACACUGCUCGACACCUCCAAAUUAUGCGUUGAUUGGCCUACGUAACGAUCGAACAGCGGCUCGUGGACAGAGGCUAAAAGAUCAACAGCAGCAGCAGCAACAGCAGCAGCGACUGUUCCAGGUAAACAAGGUACCUGGCUUCGCAACGCAAAUGCGUCGGGAGAGUCUGAGUCGAGUCGCAGUGGGGGCGGUGGUAGCUGCCUCCAGGCGCACGGACAGUAGCCCCAGCGGACCACAUACCCGCGACAACUCGCCCAAGCUACCGCGGCCCCGCAGCGAGGAAAUUCCAUUGGAGGACAUGCGACAACGCAAGACCUCACUCACCUCCAAUUCGUCUUUGGAGCAGGCCAGUGCCGUGACCGUCUGUGCCACUACUGUUGGGCUGACCUCCUGUCCGCCCUCGGCCUCCGCGUGCAAUAGCGCGGAGGCAAGCAAGCGCUCCGAGGAGACUUCUUUCACCGAAAGAUCCCACAGUACUGCUCGUGAAAGCCGCCCUAGAAGGAAGGGCCAAGUCGAGACUGUAUGACUGAGUUGCUGGUUUUUCCUCGGUCUGCUCGUUUUUUCGUGCGAAUAUCUACCGCGUAUUAGAUUUCGCGCUACUGGUAGUUUUACCUUCCUUUCUUUUAUCUACACCUUGCAGCUCACAUUGGAAGCUAGACAAACAUUUUUUUUUCAGUUGCAACAUUUUUAUUAACUGAGUUUAGCAUUACUAGGUUACUAAUAAAGAGUUAAAAAAACCGAAGGUAAGGGUUAUCGAUAUUCAGCCUCAUUAGAAAAUCUGUUUAUUCAAAUAAUAAGAGCUAUAAUUUGAGAUAAACAUGAAUCAUAAUUAAGACGCAAUUAAUUUUUAUCCAAUUCGUAUCUGCUUUUCUUUAACAGAAAUAUAAGCAUCGCUUGAUAGUUACUGUAUAUUUUUUGAUAAGAAUAAUAUAAUACAGAAAAAACGAAUUUAAUUUAACGAUUUAUUUAUUACAAAUGACUGAUAACGUAUAUUAAUCGAAAAUUUUACUUAUUACUUAUUUAUAAACUCUUAUUUACAAAUGUUUAGCUGUUUAUCUUUAAACAAAAAUUCUUCAAAACGAUUCCCUGGAUUUUGAAAUGAGUCUUAUGUGGGCAUUCAUUAAUCUAAUUUAAAUAUUUUUUUGGAAUUUUGUAAAUUAUUCAAAACAUUAGUUCGUUAGUUAGAAAAUUAUUUUUAUCAUGCAUGUUAUUUGUUUGUUUGUACCCCAACUCACAAAUUUUACCGUGUUUGUGUACAAAACAGAGGGUAAACUCAAUGUUGACAUAAGUUAUAGUACCAUUUAUAGUUCUUGUUAACUUCGCGAUUGAUUAUAAAGUAGAAAUUUUUUAAAAAUUGAAAAAAUGCAAUUUUUAAAAUGCUUUCAACAAUCAAAUUUUGAGUUUUAUAGUCCGAAAAUUUAUACAAAUAUUUUAAGGAUUCAGUAGAAUAUUUUAGUAAAAAAAUUGACAAAACAAUUUGACUUCGAGUUAGCGUGAAAUUACGCAUAUGUUAUAUAUUCACAGAUUUUAUAAAUAUAAACAGCUCAAAUUAAUUAUAUUAAUAUUGAUUAAUUAUUAUUACGGGAUAAUGU